UCUGGUCGCUGGACAUCUUUCAUCAGACAACGAUUGUGCAAACUCAUCGAUUUGAGGGAAGCAAGAGACGUUGUCUUGGAGUUAAGACACGACAGAGGAUAUUCUUCCGGGCAGCAUCUUGACCCUGUUUUCCCUGCAUCUUCAACCACCGCUCAGCGUACCCGUCUGCAAGCAUCGCCAUUCCGACGCCGGACCGGAGCUGACCCCAAUCGGCAUUUCACAGCGUCACCGGCUAUUGACAAAAGCACCGUCGCUUUAAUUGCAGCCGCCGACUCUUUUUUCUCAUCUUCAUCUUUCUCUCUUUUAUAAACUCCCAUUGCAUCGCUUGCAUUGGAGCCGCUGCAGCCAUGGCCAAGAUCUUUGACGCCGCAGAAGUUGCCAAACACAACACCCCAGAAAGCUGCUGGGUAAUCCUCUACGGCCAUGUAUACGACGUAACCAACUUCUUAUCGUCGCACCCCGGCGGCGCCAAGAUCAUCCUGAAGCUCGCCGGCCAGGACGCCACGGAAGACUACGACCCGGUUCACCCACCUGGCACUCUAGAAGAUAACCUCAAACCAGAAGCUAAGCUUGGAAGCGUAUCCAAGGAGAGCUUAGAAAAGGCAAAGGCGCAGGCUGCAUCCAAGGCCGCUCCGUCUCCGCCACCUACAUCUGGCGAACAGCUGCUUCCACUACAUGCGCUGCUCAACCUCGACGACAUUGAAAAAGAAGGUACCAAGCGCAUAUCCAAAAAGGCCUGGGCAUACUACUUUUCAGCAGCCGACGACCACAUCAGCAAGGAGCACAACAACCGUGUCUUUAAAGACAUCAUCAUGCGCCCUCGCGUCUUUGUCGACGUCACAAAGUGCGACACUUCAACAACGAUCCUCGGAUACAAAGUCAACUCGCCCAUCUACGUCAGCCCGGCGGCCAUGGCUCGUCUUGCUCAUCCUGAUGGCGAGCACGGCAUUGCAAAGGCCUGUGCCAACUACGGCGUCAUGCAAAUCGUCUCUAACAACGCAUCCAUGACACCAGAGCAGAUUGUGGAAGGCGCCUCGCCCGAACAGCUGUUCGGAUGGCAGGUCUACGUGCAAAACGACCGCACCAAAACCGAGGACAUGUUCUGCCGCAUCAAUGCCAUGCGGGAUCGCUACAAGUUCAUCUGUCUCACACUAGACGCUCCCGUUCCUGGAAAGCGAGAGCUUGAUGAGCGAGGCAGCAUCGACAACAACGAGGUCGUUGAAGCAGCGGGCAACCCUGGCGCGGGCAAGAGACCUGGUGGUGGUGGUGUUGGACAGCAGCUUUUCUUCGGGACAGCUGCGGACCUGAACUGGAAAGAAACGCUGCCCUGGAUCGCAAAGCAUACUGACCUGCCCGUUGUGCUCAAGGGCCUACAGACACACGAGGACGUCUACCUAGCAGCGCAGCAUGCACCGCAAGUCAAGGCAGUCAUCUUGUCCAACCACGGCGGCCGCGCCAUGGAUACGACAAGUCCGGCCAUCUACACUCUCCUGGAAAUCCGCAAGUACUGCCCCGAGGUGUUUGACAAGAUUGAAAUCUGGAUUGACGGCGGAAUCAAGCGUGGCACAGAUGUCGUCAAGGCUCUAUGCCUUGGAGCAAAGGCCGUCGGUGUCGGCCGCGCUGGUCUAUUCGGUCUUGGAGCCGGCGGCCAAGCUGGCGUUGAGCGAAUGUUGGAAAUUUUGCAAACCGAGACCACCGCUACGAUGCGCCUCCUCGGGGCCACGUCUAUCCCAGAAUUGGGUCCAAAAUAUGUAAACACACGAAAGGUAGAACGGGAUAUUUACGACGGAGAGGAUGGCCUCGACCGCCGCGGGUUCUGGACCAAGUCCAAGCUGUAAUAAGGGCGAGAGAUUGUACAUAGAAUGAUGUGAUAUAUAUCAAGUUGCUACA